UAUCUGCAUCUAAACAGAAGAUUUUAGGCUGAGGAAUGGACCUGUUUUCUAAAGAAGAGAAGCCUUCUGGUUUUUAAAGCUGCUUGUGGGAUCAGACCAGCUAAUGUCCUACCAGAAUCAUCAGGAUCUUUCAGACACUGUGAAGCAAGUGUGAGAUCCUGAGUAUAUAACAUGGACUUACCUGCAUUCGGUGAUGAUCUAGAUGACGAUAUUGCGGCUCAGUAUGUUAUUCAUCAAAGCCUUCAAGAGGUCUACAAAAAGGAUUCUGUCGUGGAAGUCACUGAAAAUAGCAGCUCCUACUCCAUGAGUUCUGAACAUGAGAAGAUUGUGGCAGCUAUUCGGGUUGCUUCUCUACUCACAGGUGAUGAAAAGACGUUGGCAAAGUUGUCCGUCCACCAGUCAGCAUUUCUGGAGGCCGACGAUAGAGGCUGGAUUCCACUUCAUGAGGCCGCAGCUCAGAAAGAUAAAACCAUCCUGGAAAUGACAUUUAAAUCUACUCAUUAUAGCGUUUGGGAGCAGGAGUCCCAGAAAGGUGAAACCCCCCUGUUUGUGGCUGUCGACCACUGCAGACUGGACAAUGUCGGCUUCCUGUUGUCUAACAGCUGUAACCCUGAUGCCAAAAAUGAAGCAGAAGAUUCUCCACUCGUUAUAGCAAUACGUCACGGAUUUUACGAUAUAGCAUCACUAUUACUGAGGCAUAACGCAAUCGCAAAUUUAGCAUGUGCUGAUAACCGGACUGCUCUUCAUGAGGCGGCAAAACUGGGACAUAAAGACAUUGCAGGUCUUCUACUUCGUGCAGGAGCUGACGUCGACUAUGCCAGUAACUUUGGGUUUACUCCUCUGGCCUUGGCCGCACAGAAUGGUUACACUGAUGUGAUGGAGGUACUCAUUCAAAAAGGAGCCUGUGUCAUGGCACAAGCCUCCGACUCUGCAUCUAUCCUGUUUGAAGCAGCCGCUGCCGGCAACCCCGAUGCCGUAUCUCUGCUCUUGGAGUAUGGGGCAGAUGCCAACAUACCAAAACACUCUGGUCAUUUACCUAUACACAGGGCCGCAUACCGAGGGCAUCUCCUGGCUUUACGGAUGCUGAUCCCCGUAACUGAUAUUUCUGCAAUCAGAAGAAGUGGCAUCAGUCCAGUUCACUCAGCAGCUGCAGGAGGACACCCCCAGUGCCUGGAUCUUCUCCUCAGAUCUGGUUUUGAUGCAAAUUUCAUGCUGGCCCAAAGAGUUCGCAAGGGUUAUGAUGAUGAGAGAAAGUCAGCCUUGUAUUUUGCAGUUUCCAAUAAUGAUAUUUCUUCAACUACGCUCCUCCUAGACUCUGGGGCUCUUCCCAACCAAGACCCAAUUAACUGCUUGCAGGUGGCUUUAAGAAUGGGCAACUAUGAACUGGUUAACCUGUUGCUCCGCCAUGGGGCCAAUGUCAACUACGUUUGCAAAGUCAAUCCUUUGCACUUCCCCUCAGCCCUACAAUAUGCUCUCAAGGAUGAGGUCAUGCUAAGGAUGUUACUGAACUAUGGAUAUGAUGUACAUAAGUGUUUUGAGUGUCCUUAUGGAAAUAAUGUACAUUUUAUACUUGGAUAUGAAGGGUGGACUUCUACCAUAAUCAAAGAUACUAUGUUUUGUGAGGUCAUCACUUUGACAUGGCUUCGGCACCUCUCUGGAAAUGUUGUUCGUGUCAUGCUGGACUAUGUUGACCAUGUGGAGUUUUGCUCUAAGCUUAGAAAGACACUUGUAACGCAGAAGCUCUGGUCGGAAAUUCACGCCAUCUCAACCAAUCCACGCUCCUUGAAACAUCUGUGCCGCCUAAAGAUCCGUCAGUGUAUGCGGAAGCUGCACCUGCGCUGUCCAGUCUUCAUGACCUAUCUUCCUCUGCCAAACCGAUUAAAAGAUUACAUCCUGUACAAGGAAUAUGAUCUCUACGGACAAGGGAACUUUGUACGGACCUGGUAAAAACCCACCAUUAUAAAGGGAAGAUACACAUACUG